AUGGAGGACAUGCCUCACUCGGCACUCCACCAGCGAUUCGGGCCACUGCCUCAGCAAGCGCAAUCGACUACGCCGCUGAAGCAAGCAGCGAAACAAGAGCAGGAGCGAGAGAAGCAAUGUGCUAAGGGAAAAGUCGCGAAGAAGAGCGAGGCCAUCAACAGUAAUGACCGUGACAAGACAGGUCUACGCUCCAUAUUUCGACAAGGAAUCGCUAUGCAAAUUGGUCAGGAAGCUUCCCUCCGAUUACGCAAUGCUUCACUUCUCGUUUCUUUCACCUAA